GAUGCCCUACCUAUAAAUUGUUUCUCUCUCGUCAGUCCUCUUCCUCUCCCUUCCUUCGAUUUGAGUCACGAGGGUUCCAAGAAUCAGAUAUGCCAAUUUUCCAAUUUUAAUCGUUUCAUCAUGAGUGGAAGGAAGACUCAUUCUCACUCUUAGAAACAAUCCCCUCUUUCAGCAUCGUUACCUGUAUCACUUGAAAUUCUUCAAUGAAUUAAGGUACCAUGUAAAUGCCAAGGAAAAUGCAUUUUACUCAUUUCUUCGAACAAGCUCUAGCUCCACAGACGUCUCAAACUCUGGCGAACAACCUCCUCCAGCUGCAGCGACAUCUCCAUCUCCGGCCAACACUUUUAUUUCCUGCGAAUACCUCUAUAUCCGGCGAAGCAGUAAGAGCAAUGAUGUAUGGUCGUAGAGUUUCAGUCAAUGUCUUUGGAAGUCAAGAGAACUCUCAAGCAUUCUAUAGGAGCAGAGGACCAUCGACUAUUACAAUUCCUUUUAGAAAGUGCAAAGGUUUGGUCCAGGUGUCACCUGCAGCUAACCAGAAGAUGAAUUAUUUAGUUGGGUCCCAAAAUAUUGCAGCACUCUCCAUCAUGGUAAAUGGUUGUACUGGCAAAAUGGGCAAGGCGGUACUUGAAGCAGCUGUCUCUGCAGGAAUUCAUAUUGUUCCAGUAUCAUUUGGUGGUCUAAAAAAUGCUGGAAAAACUGUGCAAGUGGGUGGAAAAGAUAUUCAAAUGUAUGGUCCCUAUGAAAGAGAACGCAUUCUAGCAUCUAUCUUAAAUGAUUAUCCAAAUUUGAUUGUGGUGGAUUACACAGUGCCUGCUGCAGUCAAUGGUAAACAUCUGUCAAACUUCUGGAGAAAAGGGUAAUGAAAUUUAGAUCUCAAAUAAAUUAUGGUCAAAAGCAAGAAGAAAUAUCUUGAAUAUUUAGAAGAGAAGCACUGUUGUUGUCAUUUGACUUGCUUUAAGAUAUUUAUCAACUAAGAAAUUGCUACACUAAAAAAAAAGGGGGCAUUACACAAUCUGAUCUGAGGGAUGGGUGGACUGGUGGCGAUGUGGAAAAGUUCCAUAAUCUUGUAAAUAUGAAAUGUUGUUUGGUUUUUCUUGUACUUUUUGGUUCCACCCUUUUGUACUUGCUUGAAUUACUUAUGCACCACCAUUUCUUUCACCUUUCUUGUAUUGAUAAAUUUGGUUUGUUAUCCAAAAGGAAAAAAAUACACGUUAUGGAAAUUGACAGGAUAGGUCAUGAGGAUUAAUAUGCUGUCAUGCUUUGAUUAUUUGCCUCAAGUUGUCCAGAUUUCUCUAUCUGAAUCCAAGAAGAAAAAACUGAAUUUCAGAAGCUAUUUUCGUCUUACCUUGUAUAAUUUUUUUUUUUUUUUGUAAUGUUCAAUACUUAAUAGUUCAAUCGGAAUAUAAAUUGAGAGCCUAAUGU